AGAACAUCCUGCUUCCUGUCUGUUGCCAUGGCAACACCGAACAACAACAACUAGUCCAGACCUGGACACGGCUGAGAGAAAACCACUGAUGCUUGUGACAAAUCCUCUUUUUUUCUAGGUUGAUUAAACAGUUAAACACGUGAAAAAGUAUUUUUUCGGCCAUCUAAUUUAAAAAUGAGUCAACGACAGAUCAUACAAGUUUUCGAGCAGUAUCAGAAAUCAAGGAUGCAGUUUGUGCAAACUGUCGCUGAUCUGGCGAACAGACCCCAAAACAUAGAAUUCCUGCAAAAUGCUGGUGUGAUGUCCCUGCUGCGUCCCCUGAUGCUGGACGUGGUCCCCGGCAUCCAGCAGACAGCAGCUUUGGCUCUGAGCCGCCUGGCAGACCACAGUUACGACCUGGCCGAGGCUGUGGUGAAUGAGGACAUCCUGCCCCAGCUGGUCCACUCCCUGGCCUCGCAGAACAGGUUCUAUAAGAAAGCAGCAGCAUCUGUGCUGAGGGCAGUGGCCAAACACUCCCCCGGACUGUCCCAAGCUGUGGUGGAGUGUGGGGGGGUGGAUGCCCUGGUUCUCUGCCUGGAGGACUUUGACCCUGGGGUGAAAGAGGCCGCUGCUUGGGCUCUCGGCAUCAUCGCACGACACGAUGCGAUGCUGUCUCAGUCUGUUGUGGAUGCGGGUGCUAUCCCCCUACUGGUGCUGUGUCUCCGGGAGCCUGAGAUGGCCCUCAAACGCAUCGCAGCCUCCACCCUGAGCGACAUCUCCAAACACACGGCAGAGCUGGCCCAGGCUGUGGUGGACACCGGGGCCAUCGCACAUUUGGCACAAAUGAUCCUCAACCCGGACGCAAAACUCAAGAGGCAGGUGUUCUCAGCACUCAGCCAGAUCAGCAAGCACUCGGUCGGCCUGGCAGAGAUGGUGAUUGAGGCAGAGAUCUUCCCUGCAGCACUGGCCUGCCUCAAAGAUCCAGAUGAGUAUGUGAGGAAGAAUGUCACAACUCUGAUGAGGGAGGUGGUGAAACAGACACCAGAGCUGUCUCAGGUGAUUGUUAACUGUGGCGGAAUGGCAGCAGUGGUCAAUUACCUGGGGGACUGCCAGGGAAACCUGCGGCUGCCGGGGAUCAUGAUGCUGGGAUAUGUGGCGGCUCAUAGCGAGAACCUCGCCAUGGCUGUCAUUUUCUCCAAGGGGGUGCUCCAGCUGGCCCAGUGUCUGUCUGAGGAAACCGAGCAUCACAUCAAGGCGGCCACAGUGUGGGCCAUCGGCCAGAUAGGGCACCACACACCUGAGCAUGCGAAGGCCGUGGCCACGGCUAACCUGCUGCCCAAACUCCUGGAGCUGUACAUGGAGGCCGGCAGCUCAGAGGACCUGCAGGUCAAAAGUAAAGAGGCCCUGAAGAGCAUUCUGCAGAAGUGCACCUACCUGCCAGGUCUGGAGUCCCUCCUGUACGAUGCCCCGAGCAACAUCCUCAAACAUGUCGUGUGCCAGUUCAGCAAGGUGCUGCCUCAUGACAGCAAGGCCCGGCGCUUGUUCGUGACCAGCGGGGGCCUGAAGAAGGUGCAAGAGAUCGAUGCUGAGCCCGGCUCUCCUCUGCAGGAGUACAUCAAUGCCAUCAACAGCUGUUUCCCUGAGGAGAUAGUCAGGUACUAUUCCCCUGGCUACUCUGAGGUGUUGUUGGAGAGGUUAGAGAACUACCAGCCGGCCUGAUGUCAUUGUCAUUUAAAGAUGUAGCCUUCAUAUGCUUUGAUAGUAAAUUUAAGAAGUUUUAUCCAAAAUAAGUUUUUCCAUCUUUUAUAUUGUGUCAACAGUGAAAAUAAAAUAAAGAACAGUAUCAUAA